GGAAAACUAGACUGUGGGAGAGAGCAAGCAGUCAAUGCUGAAGUAGAGAAGUGUCCGCUGCUCCCCAAGGUAGCAAAAGGCUUUUGCUUUUUUUUGCACUGUGUUUUGGUUGCCAGCUGGUCUGAAGCACUCUGAUUUCAGCGUACCGACUGGCCUUCUGGUUCUUUUGAUUCCUCUCAGAUGAAGCCAAAUGAAGAACGAGAACUAAAAAACCACACACUUCUGACAGAAUUUGUCCUCUCUGGAUUGUCCAGCCAACCAGAACUGCAGAACUUCCUGUUCUUCACGUUCUGUUUGAUUUAUACCUUCACCAUCACUGGGAACCUGCUCAUCUUCCUGGUCACAUUGCAUCCCACCCUCCAUAUGCCCAUGUACUUCUUCCUCCGGGUCCUGUCCUUCCUGGAUAUUUCCACAGCAUCCAUUGUUGUCCCCAAGAUGCUGGUAAACUUCCAGGCAGAGAACAGGAAAAUUUCCUACGUAGGCUGUGCCUCACAACUCUACUUUGUGAUUUUCUUAGCGGCCACUGAAUGCUACAUUUUGGCAGCUAUGGCCUAUGACCGCUACGUGGCCAUAUGCAACCCCCUUAGGUAUGCCAUCAUCAUGAACAGAAGAGCUAGUCUUUCCCUAGUCCUGCUGUCGUAUUGCAGUGGUAACGUAGUGUCUGUGGUGCAGACAGCUUGGGUGUUCACACUGCCAUUUUGUGGGCCCAAUAAGAUUAACUACUUCUUCUGUGAUAUCCCUCCACUCAUUAUGCUCUCCUGCACGGAUACCUCCUUGUACGAAAAGCAGAUAGUUACAGCCACGGUGCUGGUCAUCUUUGCACCGUUUUGUCUCAUCCUGGUAUCCUAUAUCUGCAUCAUCUCCACCAUCCUCAAGAUUUCCUCUGCAGAGGGCAGACGCAAGACCUUCUCCACCUGUUCUUCACAUCUCAUCGUUGUAACGCUUUAUUACGGCAGUGGGACCUUGAUUUACUUACGGCCCAAGUCCAGUAAUUCACAGGACACUAAGAAAGUCUUGUCUCUCAUAUAUACAGCUAUAAUCCCCACACUAAAUCCCCUGAUUUACAGCCUGAGGAAUAAGGAAGUGAAAGCAGUGAUAAUCAAAAUUUUAGCUCACCUGAGGAAGAUAUAAACACACACUGCUGAAGGGAAGCUUUCUCCUCCUCUGUACGUUUGUUUUGUUUUUGUUUUUUUUUUUCUUUUGUGUUUGACUCUUUUUAAAUGCCCUGAUAGAUGAAAUUCUGGAAAAAUGGAUGUGUUUCAAAGUGUGCUUAGCAUCUUUGUGUUUCUUUUGUUCACUAUGAGUGUACAUUAAUUGCUAAUUACUAAUUCAGUAUUCAUGAUCUAUUACCUUGUAUCAGAUGUUGGUGAUGGAAGUUUUUCUCUUUUGCUCUUGUGUGAUUUUCUCACUUUGCUGCAUGGAAGAAAUAUGCAUUAUUUCAUCCAGAAAGAUACAUUUUCCAUCCCAACCCUUGACUUUAAUAGUCAGGCAUCUCAUUAUUGGACUGGCAAAUGGGAGUGAGCAAGUGAUUAUGUGGUGCUCAGCCACCUGCACCAGGUAGGUUAAAGCACUACACCUCUUAAACUCACUCACUGACUUAUUCACGCAUCAUGUCUUCUCCUUUACAUGUUUUAGGCUGGGAAAUGAAGACAUAAUUUUGUGCCUAGACAAAACCAGUAUCAGUGCUGACAGAGGAAGAAAUGGGCAGAGGAGAGGACAGACAGAACAGAUGAAACAGCCCAGAUGGGUGAAGUCAUUCAUACCUGUGUGAGGCAGGUGGCACAUCUGUGUGGUUGGAGUGGGCUCUAUUUAGAGCCAGCAGGAGUGAAUGGCAGAAAAAUGUGAACAUAUGUGAAGCUGGAGAGGAGAAUGGAUGAGUAACUUUGUAGUUGGACAUAUGGAUGGCCACCCAGGGAAUGAAAGGUAGAUGAGUGUUGAAGGAGUUGAUAAGAAAAUGCAGAAUGUGAUGGAGAGGAUA